AAAACAUGGAGAGUGGGAAACGUGGUGCGAAGAGUUAUAUGCACAAGCCAGCUGUUCGCAUCGGAAUUGUUGUUCUGGUUGUGCACGCUGUCUGCUGGAUCGGCUGGAGCGCCAUUAGUCCGGGGGUAAACAACAAUAAUCACGCGGCCAGGGCAAACGCCCAGCACCAACAGGUCCGAGCCGCAAUGGAAAGCAACAACUAAAUACUCUUUGUGCUUACAUAUAUUACAAGUUAAUAAGCUAUUCAAUUUCAUUGAUUUAUAAAUAACGCACUGUUAAACCAAAUUAUUUUGUAGUAAAUGUAAAACUAAGUGACAAAGAAAGUUUGUGAAAAUUGUCAGUGAAGAAAAAGCUCUCUGAAUCAGUGCGAAAAAUCAAUCAAUCAAAAUAUAAACAAGUAUCUUGCACAUUGGUUAUUAACCUGGCAAACAAUAUGUUAAAUUUACUUAGUAAAUAUUCAAUAUUAUAAGAAAUAAAGAAAUACAAAAAAAUGCUUUAGAACAAUUCAAAAAUGUUAACAAAAGAUCUAGGCUAGCAUUUGAUUGUAGUAAUAUA